AUGGAUUCGGAAAAGAGCGGCAUGCUGCCGCCGUACAGCGCCGCGGAACUCCCAACGCCCUCGGGCCCCCGGCGUUCGUCUCAUCACCACAAGCGAUGGUUACGACCAAGACGCAGCAUGAAGCUCGUUGUGGGAUGUCUUGCGUUCAUUGCCUUUGCUCAAUGGAAACAGCUUUCGAUACUGCCUUCGCGAGGGCCAUCCUCAUCCCUCUCCGCGGAGCAUUUACAGCAGGACUUGGCGACCUGCGCGAAGUUGCGACACAAGCCACAGGAUCCAAUUGGCCUCGGUCGAGAGAAGAAUGCCCGUUACGUCGACGGUCAGCGUCCAACACUCAUCCGCAAUGCCACAAUCUGGGUUGGCGAGGCCGUCGAAGGAACAUCCUCAGAAGACGCGCGCGCCGGCAAAGGUUAUUCGUGGAUCACUGCCGACGUCCUCAUUGAUUACGGUCUGAUUCAGAAGGUCGAGGCCGACAUUUCUCUCAGCUCUCUUCCCAAGGACAUCCAGAUUUGGGAUGCCAAGGGCCGCCAAUUGACCAGUGGCAUUAUUGAUAUGCACUCCCACGCUGGUGUCGGUGCCCUGCCCGAGCUUAACGGCAACCAAGACGUCAACGAGCUUUCCGACGACAUUACUCCCUACGUUCGUUCGAUCGAUGGGCUCAACCCCCUCGAUCCACAGAUUCAGGUUAUCAAAUCUGGCGGUGUUACUACUUCGCUCGUCUUGCCGGGCUCUGGCAAUAACAUAGGAGGCGAGGCCUUUGUCAUCAAGCAUGCUGUUGGCAAGCCCGAUGGUCGCACCGAGUUCUCCGCAGAGGAUAUGCUGGCUGACCCGGAUCGCAACUGGCGGUACAUGAAGAUGGCAUGUGGAGAGAACGCGAAGCGCGUGUACGGGAAGAUCGGACACAGCCCAUUCUCACGUCUCGGCGAGAGCUGGGAGUUCCGUCAUGCUUUUGAGCAAGCAGCGAAGCUCGUGCAAGAGCAGGAUGACUGGUGUGCGGCGGCCGACAAGUUUGGCGUCGAGAGCCAGUCGUCAUACUUGCCCCAGGAUCUCAAGUGGGAGAGUCUCAGUGCUGCCCUAAGAGGCCAAGUGCACAUUAACACCCAUUGCUACACGAUACCUGAUUUGGAGGCAUUCGUUGACCACACCAACGAAUUCAAAUUCCCAGUGCGGGCCUUCCAUCAUGCUCACCAGACCUUCUUGGUUCCGGAGAUCUUGAAACGCGUCUGGGGUGGUCGUCCGCCUGCUUCUGCGCUGUUUGCCGACAACAUGUACUACAAGUCUGAGUCGUACGUUGGCUCCGAGUACGCUGGCAAGAUCCUUUGGGAAAACGGUCUUACCCCCGUAUACGUCAGUGACAACCCAGUUUUGAACGCCCAGCACGUUCUCUUCGAGGCUGCCAAGGCUUAUAGAUACGGCCUCCCCUACCAUGCAGCCUUGUCCAGUGUGACAUCUGCACCUGCCGAGUUGUUGGGCUUGGGCCAACGAAUUGGGAAGAUCAAGCCCGGGUUCGAUGCCGACAUUGCCGUGUGGGACAGCGAUCCUCUGAGUGUUGGUGCUGCGCCCGCGCAAGUAUGGAUUGAUGGAGCUGCCCAGUUCUCUGAUCCUUUUGAGCUCAAGAAGCCUCUUGAAGGCCCCAUCUCUCCAGACCCCAAACUGGCCAACACUACCGAGGACAUCAUUGAUCUCAAGGAGGUUGUUUUCACAGGCGUUUCCAAUGUAUGGCUGUCGGGAGAGGAAGUUAGCACGGCCAACGACGAGACGGUGAACGUUGUCUUCUCCAACGGCGCUAUCAAGUGCAUUGGUGCCUGCGCGGAGGAGGUCGCGGCUGCCAAAUCCUCGUCCAUGAAGGUUAUUGACCUGGAGAAUGGCCACAUCACCGAGUCUUUCACCGCGUUCGGUUCCCUCAUUGGUCUCAACGGAAUUGACAACGAGGCAGAUACGGACAACGGCCGCAACCCCACUGGGUUCAGUCGUGGUCUCGACGGCCUUGUGCUUGACAAUAAGAAGCUGCACGUGGCUAAGCGAUACGGCGUCACCAAGGCCAUCUCGGCGCCCAAAUUCACCGGCGGAUUGACGCAUUCUGGAACCAGUGUUGGUUUCAACACCGACGCCAAGCACGCGCUCGAGAAAGGCGCUGUCUGGGCUGAGGAUGUCGCUGUCCAUCGUACACUGACUCUGGCCGCGAAGACAGGCGAUAACCCCUCGAUCUCUAGUGCCAUUGGCGCGCUCCGACACGCUCUCUUGGAGGCAGUCGCAACCAAUGACACUGGAUCGGAUCCUUUCUCGGAAUCGGCCUACCUCAAGAAGGUGGUCAACGGGAAGCUGCCCUUGGUCCUGACAAUCCACAGUGCCGAUGCCAUUGUCGCCGCCCUCAGAGUCAAGGCCACGGUCGAGGAGGCGUUGGCUGCAAAGAGUCAUUCAUCGGAGUCUCCCAAGCUCCGUGUUUCCAUUAUUGGAGGCGCGGAGUCCCAUCUCGUCGCUUCAGAGCUGGCUGCUGCCAGUGUCGGUGUGCUUCUCGCACCAUUCCAGUCAUACUCAACUACCUGGGACCAGAGACGUUCUUUGACCGGCGCUCCUCUCACGAACGGUACCGCUAUUGAUACCCUCAUCGACGCUGGAGUCAUCACUGCCAUUGGUUUGGAGGAGGAUUGGUUGAUCCGCGACUUGGGACUGCUGGCCGGCAUUGCGCAGAAGAACGGAAAUGGUCGGUUGAGUGAAAAGAAGGCCUUGGAUCUGGUUUCCACCAACGUCUACAAGAUCCUCGGCAUUGAAGAGUCGCAGUCGAAGAGCGCCCGCCACUUUGCUGUGUACGAGGGUAGCCCACUUGAGAUUGGGGGAAGAAUUCGUGCUGUCAGCAGUGGCCGUGACACUAUGCUCUUGCUAUUUGAGCUCCCUAGUCCCCUGCCUGUCUUAGGAGACCCUGGACACGCUGCCUCAGCCGCAUCACUCAAGAAGCGCGUGCCCAAGAUUCUGAAGCUCAACACACCAGACGCACCGAGAGCCAUCGUGGUUGUAACGGCACAUUGGUCUGAAGGUGCACCAACCAUCUCAUCGGGAGAUCGCCAUGAGUUGUACUACGACUAUGGCGGCUUCCCGCGGGAAGCAUACUCACUCAAGUAUCCCGCCGCGGGAUCCCCAAGUAUCGCACAAGAGUUAAAGCAAGCUCUUGAGAAGGAGGGUCUUUCACCGGUGCUCAACUCACGUCGCGGUUGGGAUCAUGGCGUCUUCAUUCCACUCCUGCUCAUCCACCCUGCCGCCGACAUUCCAGUGAUCCAGCUUUCAGUACUCGCCUCCGAGGACCCUGACGAACACUUUCGCAUGGGUCGUGCCCUCUCGGCCUUGCGCGACUCAAACGUUGCCGUCGUUGGCUCAGGGUUUGCUUCGCUUCACGACAUGGGAAAGCUGCGAUCCAUCAUGCUGGGAGGAGAUCCGGCAACAGGAAAGAGGAUCGGAAAGCAGGUUGAUGAGUGGAACAAGGAGCUUACGGAUGCCGUACUCCUAGAGAAGCGCGAAGACCGUACAAAGGCGCUGUCCAACUGGCGCAAAUUCUCCCACAGCUACGAAAUACACCCUCGCUACGGUGCUGAGCACUUCAUGCCUCUACUGGUAUGCGCAGGUGCUGCUGAGGACGAGGUUGGCCGGGAGUACAAUGACGACUUCUAUGGCGCGAAUAUCAAGACAUACUAUUGGGGAGAUGUACGUGUCUGA